AAAAGCACGUCUUAGAGUCUGCUGGGUCAGGGGCAAUUUGCCUGUUUAUGACUUGACCAGCCAGCCUCUGUCCGGGGGGGCGUUCUGAAUUAGGGAUAAUUGACGUUUUUUUAUGAUCUUCCAAGUCGGUUGUGCUCAGUGUCGAGUAGUAGUGUAUGUCAAGCCACGUGGUGUAUGUUCGGUUGGUCUUGGUCCUCUGCUCGGUUCCUCUUGCGUACGGCUUGGUUCUUGGCCCAAAUGACUGCGGGGUAGAUGGGAUCAAGAGUUAUCUGUCCUGCGGAAUGGCAUGCCAUGCUUCCGGGCGGGAGCGGUGCCUGCAAUAAUGCCAUUUUGGGCCAUGGAGAGCAGAGCCUCCGGCUAAAUUCGACGAUCCAUAUGUCGCUACCGUGUGAAAGGGAAAGACGGAGAACGACACGCCGAAAAGGACAACAAAGCUCAUAAUGAUUUCGUUCAUUGCUGCUGGUUUUUAUAUCACUGGAAACAGGCCACAUUUGAUGGUGAGUUGAAGAAGCAUUUUAUGUAUCGAUCUUGCUGCAAAUUAUACCCCUUUUUAUCUCUUCUUCUUUUGGUCUAUCCAAGUUUCUUUUCCCUAUCAAGUCUUUGAUAGUACAAAGUUGGUUGGCUGUUGACCCAACUAUCUUUGACGCCACAAUCCAAUAACAUAAAAGCACCACCCCCUUUUCCACCCCAGUUCCCCACAGCACCUUGUAAAAUGAAGCUCGUCGCCAGCAUCGCGCUGCUCUUCACGGCAGCCGCGACGGCCGAGGUGGUGGUCAGCCGGGUGGUGGACGACUUUCCCUGGUCGAACCCGUUCGGCGAGCACGAGACGCCGCCCGGGUUCGAGGCGACGUGCACGGCGACGCGGACCUUUGCCGCGCGUCAGCACCUGCUCAGCGAGCUGCAGAACGAGGAGCCGCUGGGCCUGAAGCCGUGGGCGAACGCUCUCAAGUACUUUUUCGGCGGGCGGCCUUUCCCGGGUAGCUGGGACGGGAUCGACGAGCACGGGCCCAAGCGCGACGUGGUGCUCAUGAACUUUACCGACAUGCCCGAGGCGGUCAAGAAGUGGUCAGAGGUGCAGCGCAGGGACAAGGAGAGCGACGGCAUGUGGCUGUACGGCGUCUACCACAAGAACAAGCCCGGCAUCAAGAUCAAGGGCACCGCCACGCCCCGGCCUCGGCCCACCGCCAGCGUGGUGGGUGGCGGCGAGGAGGAGGAGGAGCUGGACGCCGAGGCGGCGAGGCUGCCACCGGACGAGGACCUGGUGGUCAUGUUUGCGGCCGGCGCCGUCUACCACACGCUUCCGCUGUGGGUGGCCGAGGGCAGCGAGUGCGAGGCGGAGCUGGCGGAUCUGGAGCGGUACGGGCCGGUCCUCAAGGACGGCGGCGUCACGGGCUGGGUGGUGGACCGGACGGUGCCAGACCUCGACUCCGACAGCCGCGAGAUCAAGUUCACGGUCAAGGCGCAGGUGCUCAGAGAGACCGAGGCCGGCAAGAAGGCGCGCGUCGCGAGGGAGAAGGAGGAGGCCGAGGCUUCGGCGGCCGCCCUGGCCGCUUCGAGGUCCGCCGAUGGUGCCGAGGCUGAAAAGUCCAAGGAUGUGGCCGACGAAGCUGCGGCGACCGGUGCCAAGGAUGAGUUGUAAAGGAGAUAGUGUUUUUGCGAGUGUGGUCUCGCCUACAUAUUUUUUGGUGUCUUUCUUUUCCUUGUUAUCUUAGUGUGGGGGCAAAUGCAUCUAAAUUAUCAGGUAUUUCGUUGCAGAGGGUUCGGGCAGUUCCUUGUAUUUGGUCACCGGGCUAUAUAUUAAAUUAUACCCUCACUAUUAUAUAAAGUGCC